UGACAUGUCUGAUCAACAAGUUGUAAAACUACCUCGCACAGUUAGAGUUUGGAACUUUGUCAAUUCGGGUCGAGGACUUCUUUCAUUUUGGGCUUUAAACUUUGUUGGUGCCAUCAGCACAGUUAUUUACUUAAAAGUGCGAUACACUGGUCUGCGACGUAAAACUGUCAGAGAGAAGAUCAUUGCACGUCGUCUUGCUGUAAUUAGUUAACUGACUGAUAUGAAGAUUAAGAAAGAAAAGAAACACCUGAGGUACACACCACCGCCACAGUUCAAACCAACACAGAAACCUUCUAACCUGGGAAAUAAAGAGUUGUGGCUCGUCCAGAUUCCACCUGGGGUAAAAGCAGAGUCCCUCAAUGGUACGAAGUUCAAGCUGAAAAACAAUAAAGUGAUAUCUCUGAAUGAGAACACAGAGAUGUUUAUACACAAGAAGAGCUCUGGUCACGUGGUGUCCGCUGACAAGUCAGUUCCACUGCAGGGACAGAUCACUCUCAGACACAAGAUUGAGAUUCCCAUUCUUAAUAAACCUGUGGAAAUGCCAGUCGCUGAACGGUUACCAACAGAUCUGAAGUACAGGCUUUCCAGGCUACCUCAACAACAGAUUAAAGAAGAGAUUAGUUAAAAAUAGUAGAUUUACUAGAGGAUACCCAGUGUGACCCCUGGUAAUUUCGUUUCGAACAACUAAAUGUAUCAUUCCAAAACCUGACCCUUUUAAGUAUAUAUGUAUUAAUUCAACUAGAUUAGGAUUUGAUGCUAACUUUGCCCUUUUAGAUGAGGGUUUUUCAUAAAUUAUUAAUUUAUUGGUUUUCUAUCUUUACAUCUUUAUUAAAGAUCCGUGCCCACCCCUAUCUUUAAGAUAUAUUUGUUGAAAAAUUUGAUAAAAAAUGUGUCAAAUAAAUUUUUGUGUGCGAUAUGUUUUGAAA